GAGCCAGCAGUGUGCGGAGGGUCGGUCGCGUCGCGACCGGUAAAACGCUGUUGCAGCACACCACCACUACACUGUACACACAGCGAGUCAGUCAGUCGAUCGUGCCUAUAUAGGUGUAUAUAUAUAUAGAUACACACACGUUACGUUUUCUCCCUCGCCGCGCGCUCGCGUGCCGCGCUUGUUGCCGCGCGCGUCCAGCAGUCUAGACGCAGCGCUGCACGACUCAACAGCUCCGAAAUAAUAUAACAUAUACAGAUACGUGCGUGCCCUGUGUGUGUUGUCGCUUGUAUAUCUCUCUAAGAGGAAGUCGACUCUUGUGUCCGUGUGUGAUUUCGUUGCUUUGUUUACCGGAUGUAUAAACUGAUACAUGUGCAGUAUUGGACCGAUGGAAGCUCGUUGCGAGCGUUGGAACAAGUGACAAUGCCGGCGGGCGCUGCAGUGUGAGCAAGAAAAGUGCGUGAUUCUUUGUUCCCCGUGUGUACAAUAUCGUAUACACACGCGAGUUAUAUACACACACUGCUGAGACUAUGACGGUAGAGCCGUCUAUGUGAGAUUCGCGGACUCUCGAGCGUAUUAGGAUCAUCCUCGUCGCUGUCUUGUGUUGUGAGGAUCGAGCGAACGACCAACUAGCAGGACGACGGAGCUGCCAUCAGAGCGACUCCUCCACAUGUGGACAUCUCCGUCCCAACUAAGGAUCGGACGGGCACCCAGAAAAAAGAUCAGUCCGUAAAAUAGACCGGCAAUGAAGAAGUCCACCAUGAGUAACAAAGGCGAUAAACGAGCCAUGCCUGCUAACAAGAGAAAACUCUCCUUCCUCGGUUUUGGCCAACGGAUAGCGACCGACGGACAUGGCGCGGAAACGGUACAAGAGCUCGACGAGGAGAUGGAGAAGGUGUUCGCGAUGGACGCCGGAGAGAAGUUCGACGUAGCCCGGUUUGGAUCGCCCUCGGAAUCAGUCGGCUCAGAUCGUGAUCGCGACCGAGGACCUAACAUUCCACGCUAUGGUGAUCGUGGUCUGGAUCAACAUCGAAAGAAGAGCUACCCACACCCGCACAUGCCACUGAAGAGUCUUCACUCGAGAUCUAUGCGACGUCAUUUAUCACCCGAAGGUUCUCUAGGCGCCGACAAUAGUUUGGAAGAAGAAGCGUCCACAAACGGUCUCAACGGUAACGGCAAUGUCCCAGUGUCGGACAACGGACAGCUGGAUCUCGUCGACUCCAUUAACGGCACAAAACCUCCUUCGGAGGACGAAGACAAGGACGAUUUCGAUGAUGGCAAAGACGAAGACGUCACGGAAACUCUCGAAGACAUCGCCGAAAACAUCGCUAGCAGCGAAAGCGAAGCUCCGAUCUCCGAGAGGGCGGCUUCCGGUUUCAGCGAUAGCCCGCCGGUUGGCAGUCCGAGGGUACAAUUCGACAAGAUUUGCGAAGAGGACGGCCACGUGAUGAGCGUAAACGAGGCCGGCGACGACGACAGAAAGUGCCGGCGACACCACAAGCACGACCACAAACGGCACCAUCACCACCACCACCACAAAUCGCGCAAGUACUCUCUACAGGAGGAUCCGCAAUGGCGCAAACGCUCUGGUGCAGGUCUGCCGGGCGAAGGCGGCAUGUUCGCGGGUCCGGCGGCCGGUCGACGCGUCAGCGUCCAGCCCGACGAGGCGAAGACCCUACAGGAGCUGGACAUCGACGACUUGGAGUCACACAGGAGCGACGAUCCGCGCGGCAUGAGGCGCCACAAAGCCGCCCACCCAACCGUCCAGAUUGGACGGCGCAAAGAGGGUGGCAUACCCCACGAGACCUUCAAGAAGAUGUACGACCACUCGCCGCACGAGGUAUUUGUCCAGCUCGACGAGCUUCAUGGUGUCGGCGAGGAACGUGAGUGGCGAGAGACCGCCAGGUGGAUCAAAUACGAGGAGGACGUCGAGGAGGGCGCUGAUAGAUGGGGAAGGCCUCACGUUGCCUCGCUGAGCUUCCACUCGUUGCUGAACUUGCGCCGCUGUCUCGAGACCGGCGUCGUCCUGCUCGACCUUGAGGAGAAGGAUCUGCCCGGCCUCGCAUAUCGCGUCGUCGAGCAGAUGGUCAUUGAGGAGCUAAUUCUUCCAGAGGAUCGGCCUGUAGUUAUGAGGGCUUUGCUCCUGAGGCACCGGCACGUGCACGAGCACGACCGGGGCUUCAGGUUCGGCGCUAAAAGAAAUUACGCUAGCUACACGAGUCUUCAGUCUAUCUGGUUUGACGACGAAGACGCUACGCGGGAAGGUGCUGAGAACAAUAACCUGAACGAUUCGAAGCCGAAGAUCGUGGCGUCGAAUCAGGCGCUGGACAGCAACAACCACACGGUCGUGGACAUGAAGGAGGAGCUGACCUUCACCAGCAGCAACGAGGAUAUGAAGAAGGGUCACAACGACCACAUUCUCAAGAGGAUACCGAGCGGCGCCGAGGCGACGGUUGUUCUUGUCGGCGCUGUCGACUUUCUUGAUCAACCGACGAUAGCCUUCGUGAGACUGGCGGAAGGUAUCCUGAUGCCGGCGAUAACGGAAGUCACCAUUCCCGUGCGCUUCAUGUUCACGCUCUUGGGUCCCCGCAACUCGGACCUGGACUACCACGAGAUCGGUCGGUCCAUUUCGACGCUGAUGUCGAACACCUCGUUCCAUAUGAUCGCGUACAAGGCCAACGAGCGCCGAGAGCUGCUCUCGGCUAUCAAUGAGUUCCUCGACGAUUCGAUCGUCCUGCCACCCGGCGACUGGGAGAGGCAGGCCCUGCUACCCUUCGGCGAGCUCAAGGCCAAGAGCGAGGCCAUCCGCAAACGCAAGGCCAAGGCUAUCGAGGAGAAGAAGAAGAAGCAGCAGCAGCAGAUACAGAGCGAAAAUGCCGCCGCCAAAAAAGCUCUACUCGCAGGCGAGGACGAGAAGAAGCCUCCGGACGACAGCGACCCGCUACGAAGGACGCGUCGGCCCUUCGGUGGUCUCAUCAACGACAUAAAGCGACGAUAUCCUUACUAUUUGUCCGACUUCACUGAUGGCUUGAGCUCGUCCUGUCUUGCCGCGGCAAUCUUUAUGUACUUUGCGGCCCUCUGUACGGCCAUCACCUUCGGCGGUCUGUUGAGCGACAAGACUCACAACGUCAUCGGCAUCUCUGAGACGCUUGUCUCUUGCUGCUGUACUGGUAUUAUUAUGGCGCUGUUCGCAACGCAGCCGCUCGUCAUCAUCGGUACCACUGGCCCACUGCUCUUGUUUGACGAGAGUUUGUAUAACUUUUGUAUGGCCAAUAAUCUCGAUUUUCUUACGAUGAGGCUCUACGUAGGAGCUUGGAUGGCGAUCAUCGCUUUGGCCAUCGCCUGCGUUGAAGGAUCCGUGCUGGUAAGACUUUUCACUCGUUUCACUGAAGAGAUCUUCACCGGCCUAAUCUCCAUUCUUUACAUCGUCGAGACUUUCAUCAAGCUCGUCAAUUACUUUAAGAGAAAUCCUUUGCUACCGACAUACUGUUUCGCUUCUGACACCAGCUACGAUAGCAACCAAACCGUCUAUCAAGAUAUACUGCAGCAAUCACCGGUCAAUAAUACGGAAAUCUCCAGACUGACGGAAGCAUCCCAAACCGCUGUCGAGUCCGUCUUGGGCAUUAGCAACAAUCGCACAGACUUUGCGUUGUACCAGGACUCGCCGUUUAUACCCGCCCACGACAAAGUCGGUCUGAUGAUUAACCAGCCGAAUACCGCGCUUAUGUGCACGAUUCUCUGUUUGGGCACCUUCCUUGGUGCCUACUACCUUAGGAUCUUCAGAAACAGUCACUAUCUUGGCCGAAGUGCUCGGCGAGCCUUUGGCGACUUCGGCGUACCCAUUAGUAUUAUUACAUUUGUGCUGAUCGAUUACCUUGCGGGUGUGAAGACAGAGAAGUUGUUGGUGCCGGAGGGAUUGUCGCCAACCUUACCUGGAAGGAGCUGGCUAGUUAGUCCAACCAACGGAGACGUGCCCCUAUGGAUGGCGCUGGCCUGCUGUGUACCCGCUCUAUUGGUCUAUAUCCUUGUUUUUAUGGAGACGCAGAUUUCCGAGUUGAUAAUCGACAAGAAGGAGCGCAAGCUGCGCAAGGGCAACGGUUAUCACAUGGACAUAGUCGUGGUCUGUUUGAUGAACUUCGGCUGUGGUCUGAUUGGCGCUCCAUGGUGUUGCGCUGCCUCGGUGCGUUCGUUGACGCACGUGAACGCGGUGACGGUGAUGUCGCGCACCCACGCACCUGGUGACAAGCCUCACAUCGUCGAAGUUAAAGAGCAACGCGUCUCCUCGUUGCUCGUGGCCAUCCUCGUGGGUGUGAGUGUAUUGAUGGCACCGUUGCUACGACGUGUUCCGAUGUCUGUGUUGCUCGGUGUUUUCCUCUACAUGGGCAUCUCCUCGACGAACGGCGUACAGCUGUUUGACCGCGUGAAGCUGUUCUUCAUGCCCGUCAAGCACCACGGCACCGCCAACUACGUCCGUCGUGUGCAAACUUACAAAAUGCACAUAUUCACGCUCGUACAGAUAACUUGCCUGGCAGUCCUCUGGACCGUUAAGAGCACUAAAGCUGCGCUUGCACUACCUUUCUUUCUCAUACUGAUGAUACCACUCAGGGCGCAAAUGACCCACUUUUUCAGUCCGGCUGAGCUCAGGGCACUGGACAGCAAGAACCCGGACAACGAGGAAGACGAGCCUGACUUUUACGAGGAGGCGCCGCUACCUGGUUAAAAAUGCCAGUGCCUUAUUCGGAUUCCUACAUAGUCGUCUUCUUUUCGUCUUUUUGAUUCUCACUAUCAAAUCUUGUUUCGGCAAACAGGUAUUUGGUCAUUUGCACUUGCGAAGGCCAAUUCUCGUUUGGAAUAUAAGAUCAAGAUGAUUUCUGUCAUAUUUUCAUCUGUUAUUUUAUUAUACGAGAUGAGAGAUUUAUAUUAAGUAGAAUGUUCUUUUAAUUAAUAACGCAGAACAAAAUUUUGAAGCACAGAAUUGUUUCAAUUAUAAAGUUGUUAAUAUGAAUAUUUAUUGUUUUAUAACAUUUUUUUAUUUAUUAAGUAAAUUCAAGUUUAAUACAAAAAUUAAAGGUGAAAAUGUGACAUAAAUUAAUUUAACGAAUAAGUAGAUUUUCAAGCUAUUUUUGCAAUGAAAUCAUUUCUGAAAAAUAUCAGUCAAAUUGUACUUUUAGUGGCAUCUUAGCUGAUGGUUUUAUGAAACUCUUAUUAUAUAAACCCUUUUCUCUUUUAUUCGUAAUUACUUUUAUCAGCUGAUUCUACUUCUAUAAAACUACCUCCAAUAUGUAUGUAGACCUAUACUCUGGUUAUUUAUAUAUCUCCCUCAACAUGUUGGAAAUCAAUGCACCAGGCACGUGUACAUUCAAUUGAUUCUAGAGUAGUUUCUACGCUUUUAUUGUAAACAUCACUUUUUCUUAGAGCCUAAAACACUUAAAUAAUAUUACGAUUACGAUUGUUCGUACGCUUCAUUACACGAAUGUCAUUUUAAAUUUUGAGUAUACUAAGGAUCCAUGAUUUGUUUCUCUUUAUCAUGACAUCAAUUCAUUGAGUGGGUCUAAACGAAAUUUUUAGAUUUUUAAGGCAUUUUAUUUCGAUAACGAUAUUUUAACUUUCAUGCAUAUUUUUUCUAAAGUUAACAAAAUGCAUGAUAUUUGAAGCUUGUGUAAUAAUUUGUACGAAUAAAUUGAUUUUUUAAAACUGUGAAGUGGUACGUGAGAAAAAAAGUUAAAGUUAAUAUAACUGUUAAUAAUUAAGAAUCUCGUUUGUAAAAAGGUGUAUUACGAAGGCGCAUAGAUUUUUAAAAGAUUUUUCCCUAUAGGAUUUAUAUAAUUAAAAUUACUUAAUUUAUUUACGCAUCAAUUUGACGCUUUUAUUUUUGAAGAAUAUAUUUUGUGCGCUUAAAAUUAUAGCAUUUUUAUCAAACUUUUUUGUUUAUUUGUAAAUAUGUACAAUGUGUAUAAAAAUUAUAAAAACGCAUAGUAUGACGUAUGUAAAUCUAAAAUAUCUCUAUCAGCGCCUUAUUUUCAUGUAAAAUACGUUACGUGAUUUCAAAAAGUAUAAUGUUUCCUAUGUAUUUUUAUAACAUACUUGACGUAUAAAAUAUAAAGCUGUAAAAACACUGCAAACGGUAAAGGGUAAUACGCUUCAACGUAUAAUUGGAUGUGCUCGUCCCUGGUUCUCGAGCUCCAUUAUUGUAUUGUGUCAAAGGACUUGAGUAAAAACUAAGCAUCCACUGGUGGAUAAGAACUUGUAAAUAAACGUUUCCCUAUAUUGUUUAACUUGUUUUCGUUAACCUAGCAGAAAAAUUUCUCUGUAAUACUGUCGUUUUAUCAUAGAUGUUGUUACAUAAAAUGUUCAACAAUCAUAUAUUUAAAAAUAAACCAUAAAUUUGGAGAAAAAAAAGACAAAAAAAGAAAUAACGCAAUUCUAUUCUACACAUGUAACAAACAAACUCUAAUAAGACAUACAAAUUCUAAAAUCUUGCGUGUACAAUUAGUAUAUUAAUCUGUGUGUGAAACAGAUGAAAUUUCAGUCGUUACAGUGAAAUACAAGCGAUUACAAUUUUCUGCUACGGUCGCCGUCGUGCGUUUUGUGCUCGUAAGAGUCGGUUAGAGACGGUUUUAGUGCCUAAGAUGCGGUAGAAGAAGAAAAACGAGAGUGCCAAAGUAAAUACUAACGAAUCGUCUCGACUUUAUCGCUUAAUUGUUUAACUUAAAAUUGUAAUUCAUUUUAUUUGUACUUAUCAAAUUUAUAAAACAUUACUUUAUUUUCUACAAACUGCUGAUUUAGGGUAACGAUUACCGUUGAUUCAACUUUACAUUAAGUAUAUCAGAAAGAUCAAUCUGCCAAUUUAAUUUAUCUUGACACAAUAAAACUGCCUACUUUCAUGUCAAAGUUCUUUUAUGAACUGUGUACAUAAAUUCAAUAUAAAAAAGAUGAACGAUCAAUUUUGCAAUAAAUUUAAUUAGUCAAUAUUUUAUACGUAUUGCGAAACAAAAUUAUCAAUGUUUCAUUUUUACAUCGUUCAUUAUUUUGAGUGAAACUCUCUUAUUGUAAAACCUGUUUAGUAAAAUCCCGUCCCUAGCUUAUAAUUUAGCUGCACUUUACACGUGUACCUUAAUCGAUACUACCUCUUAAGUCGAGAGCAUUAAACUUGUAUAAAGGAUACAAAAAUGUAAGGAUACUUCGAACGCGUUUAAAACGAUCUGUCCAUUAAGGAACGCUCAAAUUGUAUGAAAAGCGUGACGUCGAUAAAAACUGUGUAGGGUAUGACAGCGAAAAAUAAAAUGAAAAUAUAAUUUUCGAAUCUCUCUUACAACGUAGGAAGAAAAGAUUAAUAAAAUAUAUACUUUGUUACAAAAGAAGAAACUGUAUUUAUGCAUGUCGGUUCAAGACCUGUAAGCUUCUGUGUGAAGGUACUGGUAAAUAGAAACUAUAUCUUGUACUCAUGAUUUUUCUUGACAAAAAAGAAACAAAGGGACCGAUUUUAUUUCAAGAUGAAUAUAUAUUGUAUACACAUAGGAAGUAUGACUUUUUUAUUUUUUAAAAAGAGUAUAUUAAUUUUCUACAAGAUGAAAAAUUUAUAUUUUUUUAAGCUUGCUACUCUUUUUAAAAAAAUAUGCUUUCCUAGAUUUGAAAACAAUGGAAACAAAGAAAAAGGUAUAGGUGAUCUUAGAUGAAGCAAGGGAUUUUUAUAAUUUGACUUUCUCUGAUACGGUAAUAUUUCACAAAUAUAAAAAUCUAUUUUGUCUUGUAAUUUUUAUUAUACUGAAGCUCUCGCUAAGGAUAUUGAAAAAAAAAUUACAAAUUGAUAAUAAUAAUUGAUGGUUACUUCUUUAAUUAGAAAAUAAAUGUAAAUCUAAGUGAAUUCAACAAUUUUGCCUACUUAUAGUAAAAGAUCAUGAUAAGUACAAUAUGCAAAGUACUGAGGAUUACACGUUUUGAACAUGGACCAAGUGAUAGUGGAUUGUAUUAUGUAUUGUUGUAUUGCAAUAAGGUAGCUAACAAAAAGAUUGCUAAGUGAGAAAGAUAUAUGUGUAACAUAAAACAGGUAAACGUGAAAAAGAGCAAAGAAAUAUAAUAAAAAAGAGUGUAUUUGAAUUCUCUAGAAUAUUUUAUAAUCAAUAUAUAUUUAUGUCAAUAUAUUGAUUGUUAAAAAGAGAGAGGAAGGAAAAUCAAUUAUAAUGUUGGUACAUAUUUUCAAAAAAUAACGAAAUGAAAAAAUUAAAUUAAAAAACAAUGUGCAGCACAACAAAUUUGCUCACUAUUGUUGCAAGAUUAAAAAUUAAUGCUAUGUAUAACUUAUAGAAAGUUAAUGAUCGAUGAUGAUGCUGGUAAUGAGUCCUCCUAGUUAAUUGUGAUAGAAUUCAAAGCGGUCGAGCGAAACUUAAGGUAAUACAGAUGCACUGUUAACUCGUAAAUUUAUUGCUUCUUCGUGUACUUCGAGUAAACGAGACAGUAAAAUGUUAUGGCUCUAGUUCCAUUUUUGGAAAUAAAUAAAAUUCUUUAGAUACAUGUAGUAACUUACAAAUAUUGUUAAAACAUUGAAGUUUCUGUAAGUUUUUACAUUAUGUUUCUACAAAGCUUAUGAAACAGCUUGCUUUCACUGCAUAAACUACACAAUUACACUUAAAAAUUGUUAAGAAUCUAAUUUUAGAAUUAUUAUAUUAUUCUUUUAUGACAAUUCAUUAGUAUUCUUCUACUGUUAUUACUAUUAUCUUAUAUUAUAAUGAAUAUUGUAAUAUGAAUUACUUAUAUGGAGAGAUUACGACGAAUUUUAUUGUUAUCGAAUGAUAUAUAGAAAAUUAUUGUAAAUAAUCUAGUUAACGUAACAGUAUUAUGAGUAAUAAAAUAGAAAAUGAGCCUCUCAGCAAAAUCGUUUAUGCUUUAGAUUAGAAGGAUAAGAAAUAAAUAUUUUAAUUGCCCUUUA